AACGGCUUCAGUUGACACUUUUCCUUCUUGUUGACAAAACGACGGCGAAGCCACGCGCCGACUUCUCCUUUAACUUACAUGUCUUCCUUCCUCUCGUUCUCCACGACAUGAUCCUGCGGUAGUGCACGAAUCGAACCGCUUACUCUCGUCGUUGUGCCCAGGGCAUCCUCAUUAUUCUUGAACCCCGACUGACAACUAGCAUACACAGCGGGACCAGAUUCGCAAUGAGUUACGCAAAGAAGGACGAGGAUGCCGACCACUCCGGCUUCAAGCUGGAUCGGACUUCUGUCUUCCAAGAUGCUCGACUCUUCAACUCUUCUCCCAUAUCUCCGCGACGAUGUCGGACUCUACUCACCAAGCUCGCUGUACUACUCUUCACCGGCGAGAAAUUCCCUACGAACGAAGCUACGACUCUGUUUUUUGGCAUUUCCAAAUUGUUCCAGAAUAAGGACCCCUCUCUGCGUCAGAUGGUGUAUUUGAUCUUGAAAGAGCUGGCACAUACCGCUGAAGAUGUUAUAAUGUCUACCAGUAUCAUCAUGAAAGACAUGACUGUUGGGAGCGAGAUAAUCUACAAGGCCAACUCUAUCCGGGCGCUUUGUAGGAUUAUAGACGCAACGACAGUCCAGGGUAUUGAACGGCUAAUCAAGACCGCCAUUGUCGACAAGUCUCCAGCAGUCUCUUCGGCCGCGCUGGUGUCCUCCUAUCAUCUUCUCCCAAUCGCCAGAGACGUGGUUAGAAGAUGGCAGAGUGAAACUCAGGAGGCAGCAUCUUCAUCCAAGUCUGGCGGAGGCUUCUUGAGCUUCUCGACCGGCUCUCAGCACUCUCUCGCAGCCGCCAACACAAAUUACAUGAACCAGUAUCAUGCAAUUGGCCUGCUGUACCAGAUGCGGUCACAUGACCGAAUGGCCCUGGUCAAGAUGGUGCAACAAUAUGGCGCAGCUGGAGCUGUCAAGAGUCCCGCAGGGGUUAUGAUGCUCGUGCGUCUAGCAGCACGGCUUGCAGAGGAAGACCCGAGUCUCAGAAAACCCAUGAUGCAGAUGCUGGAUACCUGGCUACGGCACAAGAGCGAGAUGGUCAAUUUUGAAGCAGCAAAGGCCAUCUGCAACGUACCAGACGUGACUGACGCUGAGGCUGCACAGGCCAUCCACGUCCUGCAGUCAUUCUUGACUUCGCCCAGGGCCGUCACUAAAUUUGCGGCCAUCCGCAUUCUUCAUGCUUUCGCAUCCUUCAAACCACAGGCCGUUAAUUCCGCCAACCCCGACAUCGAAGCUUUGAUCUCUAACAGCAAUAGAAGCAUCGCUACCUUUGCAAUCACAACUCUCCUGAAGACUGGCAAUGAAGCAAGCGUUGAUCGCCUGAUGAAGCAAAUAGCUGGCUUCAUGGCGGAAAUCACAGAUGAGUUCAAGAUCACGAUUGUUGAAGCUAUUCGAACUCUGUGCAUGAAAUUCCCCAGCAAGCAAGCUGGCAUGCUUACAUUCCUGAGUGGCAUCCUUCGAGAUGAGGGAGGCUACGAGUUCAAGCGUGCUGUUGUGGAGAGCAUGUUUGACCUGAUCAAAUUCGUACCAGGAAGCAAGGAGGAGACGCUGUCACAUCUAUGCGAGUUUAUCGAAGACUGCGAGUUUACUAAGCUGGCUGUCCGCAUCUUACAUUUGAUUGGCGUUGAGGGACCAAAGACGCCCCAACCCACAAAAUACAUCCGCUACAUCUACAAUCGAGUUGUACUGGAAAAUGCUCUGGUUCGGGCUGCGGCAGUGACCGCCCUUGCCAAGUUCGGCGUCGGUCAGAAGGACCCUGAAGUCAAGAAGAGCGUCAAAGUCCUGUUGACGAGAUGCCUAGACGACACCGAUGAUGAAGUAAGAGACAGAGCUGCGUUAAAUCUGCGAUUGAUGGAGGAAGAGGACGACAUUGCCGAACGAUUCGUCAAGAACGACUCUAUGUUCUCAUUGUCGACAUUUGAACACAAGCUUGUCAUGUACGUCACCUCCGAUGACAAGUCUGUUUUCAGCAAGGCUUUCGAUGUCAGCUCUGUUCCAGUCGUGUCACAUGAACAAGCUUUGGCCGAAGAACGAACCAAGAAACUCACCACUGCUACCCCAACGCUCAAGGCACCGAGUACAGGCCCUACCAAGCCCAAGGCCAAUGGUGCCGCAGAGGGCCCGUCAGCAGCGGCUGCUGCUCAGAAAUACACCGAGAUCUUUUCCAGGAUACCCGAGCUUGCCGCUUAUGGGCCGGUGCUCAAGUCCAGCUCUGUUGUAGAGCUCACUGAGAGCGAGACCGAGUAUGUCGUUUCCGCCGUCAAACAUAUCUUCAAGGAGCAUGUCGUUAUUCAGUACGAUAUCAAGAACACGCUGGAUCAGACGGUGAUCGAGAACGUCACGAUGCUGGCGGCACCGUCGGAAGACGAGGAGCCAACCCUCGAAGAGGAGUUCAUCAUUCCUGCAACCGCCCUCAAGACCAACGAGCCAGGUCUUGUCUAUGUCGCCUUCAAGAAACUUGGAGGCGAGCAUUCCUUCCCUACGACCACGUUUGGCAAUGUCCUCAAGUUCACGAGCAAAGAGAUCGAUCCAACGACGGGCGAGGCUGAAGAAGCCGGUUACGACGAUGAAUACGAGGUCGAGAACCUGGAGCUUACAGGUGCCGACUUCGUCUCGCCGGCUUUUGCUGGAAGCUUUGAUCAUAUAUGGGAGGGUACGGGAGCUAAUGGCGAAGAAGCAAGUGAGACCUUGCAAUUAGCAAAUGUCAAGAGUUUGGCAGAUGCAACGGAACAACUCGCUCAAACAAUGUCUUUACAGCCACUCGAAGGCACGGACGUGGUCUUGUCGAACACCACGCAUACGCUCAAGCUGUACGGCAAGUCUGUUACAGGGGGACGUGUUGCUGCGCUGGUCAAGAUGGUCUUUUCGGCGAAGUCUGGCGUUACGGUCAAGGUUUCUGUUCGGACGGAUGAGGCGGGUUUGUCGGGCGCCAUUGCCUCGGUCCUGUCGUGAGAGAAUGAGAGCAAUCCAGCCGGAAAGGGUGUCUGUUGUCAUGAAUCAUGUGAAAAGGCUGCAAAUAGGUGAUAGGUGCUCCGUGUGGAGACUCGUCUUAGCUUGUUGACUGAUGAAAAAUAGAGAAGAGAAUUAAGCGAUACCUCAAAUCUAGCGACAUUGGGAGCUUGCUGAGUGUGAGCGAGUGGGUGAAAUGAAAUGAGAUCGGAUCGAGAGCCUAGGUGCUGAUGCUUUCGACUUAUCUUGACGCGAGACAGCAUUUCACUAAGAUCGAGGGUUUGAUAGACACAGGGACAAAGAGUCCACCUGGAAAUGAAAGAACAGCUGUACUGCUGCAUAGAACCUGAGGUUAGAAGUUGACAUGU